CGUGUAUCAUGUAUGUGGGAAGGGGGACACCUAAUUUACACUCGUGUGCUUUCUUUCUUGGAUGUCGUAUAUUGUGUAGAUUAUGCUAGUCUUAGGAUAAACAUCAAACUCAAAAUCAAAUGUCAACUUUUUUUGCCAUCCGUGCCAUUUAUUGCCCUAAAAAAUUCCAAACCAAAACAUGAAGAGAUCUUUUCUAUAAUUAAACAAGGUUUUAAUAAUGUAAGAUACAUAGAUAACUUGUAUUUAAACAUAUCAGUGAUGGGCUACAUUCAAAAGCUUAGUCAAAAUAAAUCAAGGUUAGUCUGCGGCUUUUUCCGAAUGUUUGGAACAUCGCCGAAGAUCUUAACAAGCCACUAUGAUGCAUUGGGGAUCACACCAAACGCUACCCAGCGAGAUAUUAAAUCUGCUUACUAUAAAUUGUCGAAAAUGUACCAUCCUGACCUGUCUACCAACGAAGAAUCGGCUAAAAAGUUUCGAGCCAUCACUGAGGCCUAUGAAGUUCUAGGAAAUAUAAAUCUUAGGAAAAUGUAUGAUAAAGGAUUAAUGGUUGGAAGGGAUAGUUAUUCUAGCAUGAACUAUAAACCUGAUGUUGAGCCAACAGAUCCUACUUUAAAGUUCUACAAGUCUAGGACAACACGCCAUAUAACACCAACAAUUGAUGGCAAGACACCUAUAUAUGACUUUGAUGCAUGGUCUAAAGAACAUUAUGGAGAAAUAUUAAAGAAAAAUCAGCGUGCAAAACAUAUUAUUAGGACAAAAAAAGAAAAUGCUGAUUUGUAUUCACAAGCACGUCAUCAGGAAUCAAUUGUUUACUUUAUAUCAGCUGUUGGUUUUCUAUUUAUUGUUUUGGUAGCUUAUGGCACGACAGAUUAUGAUGAAAACAAAAUAGAAAAUACUAAAAUUAAAGUUGAAUCGGAAAGUGCUUAAGAGUUAAUUAAAACAAUUCAUGUGAUAUUUUAGUCAUAGUAAAAUUUGUCUUAUAUUAAUUUAAUAUUUAUAUAUAUCUACAUAUAUUGAUAAUCUCAGACAUGUCAUGUAAAUACCUCAUAAAAUAGAAUACCUAUUUUGUUCAAAUAAAACGGGAUUUGAA